AUGGCUAAGAAGGACAACAAGAUCACCAAGAAGAGCUCGGCUCCUGUAGCUGGUGCCUCCAACGCCGCAAUAAACACUUCUGAUGUUCCUUCUGCCCAGCUCAUGGACCUUGUCGAGAACUUCCUUUCCGAUCAGGGCUUCGACAAUGCUCACCGCGAGUUCAAGAAGCACCGCGCCGACAAGGGAUGGAAGUCCCAGGUCGACAAGAAGGCCAAGAAGGAAAAGAAGGGGCAUCACUCCCUCGUCAGUGUUUUCCAGACUUGGGAGACCUUCUCCACCAAGGACGGUACCCCCUUGGUCAUCAAACAGGAAGUCACCAAGGUCAGCAGCGACAGCGAAUCUAGCUCUGACAGCGACAGCGACAGCGACAGCGACGAUGUCGAUAUGGCGGAUGCUCCCGCUGUUGAGGAUGACAGCGACUCUUCCUCAAGCUCGAGCUCGAGCUCUAGCUCCAGCUCCAGCUCCGACAGCGACAGCGACAGCGACAGUGAAGAUGAGGCCGCCGAGGCCCCCGCGUCUACCACUGCUGUAGCCAACUCACGAAAGCGCAAGGCCGAGUCUGACAGCGACAGUUCUUCGUCUUCCUCCGAGUCCGACUCUGAUUCGGACUCGAGCUCCUCCAGCUCUGAGGAUGAGAAGCCCAAGGCUAAGAAGCCCAAGGCCAAGAAGGCCAAGACUGCCGCUGCAAGCAAAUCUGACAGCGAUUCUUGUUCUUCUUCUUCGUCCGAUUCUGACUCUAGCUCUGAUUCAUCCGAUGAUGAAGCUCCUGCCAAGUCUCACAAGAAAACCACCAAGACUACCAAGGAAAGCUCAGAUUCGUCCUCGGAUUCGUCCUCGGAUUCUGAUUCUGACUCUAGCUCCGACUCCGACUCAGAGUCUGAAGAUGAGGUAGCAGCCAAGGUUCCUCUUCCCGACUCCGAUUCGUCCUCCAGCAGCGACUCUGACUCUGAUUCCGACGACGAGAAGAUCAACAAGGGAGCGAAUGAUCAAGCCAUGACUGGUACUGGAUCUGAUACAUCUGCUACUCUCGACAAGACCUCACCGGCAAUUGAGUCUGCCCCUCUUCCUCCUGAUCCAACAGAGUUCAAGCAGAACAACCGGGGCAAGGGUGGCAAGCGACCACAGAACGAGCCCUUUUCUCGAAUCAAGAAGGAUGUUUACGUCGACCCCCGACUUUCCACGAACGAAUACAUUGCGGACGGUUAUGGUCAAAGAGCUCAUGAGGACCUCAUUGUGACCCGAGGCAAGGGCUUUACCAAGGAGAAGAACAAGAAGAAGCGGGGCGCUUUCCGCGGUGGCCCCCUGGAUAUCGGCAGAAACCAGAGUUUCAAGUUCGAGGACUAG